AUGCCUGUAACAGAUCCAAGAGCUGGACGAGCGUUCAUAUGGGCCAUCUCUUCCUUCCUGCUCCUCUCCAUCGCCGCGGGAGGCGCCUGCCUCGCCCUGUACAUGAUCUUGCCCGAGACUCCGACGACAUCAUGGCUCCCCGUUGCCGGAGUCUCCUUGGUCUGCCUUCCUUGGCUCUUCUGGCUCUUCACCUUCUUGUACCGGAUAUUUUCUAGGGUUUUUGGCUUCCGACUUGGCAUGAACUGCGGUGGUGGCAACGAGAAUAAUAGUGUCGAAUCUUCUGCUGCUGUCCCGACGGAUGAUCACGAGUCCCCGGGUGGUAAUAAUGGUGAGAGGAGGGUGCAAUUUGAGGCUGCGGUGACAGUGCAUGAAAAUGACGGUAGUGAUGAUCAGGAUCGCAGUGGAAGGGAUGAUCAAGAUAGAAAUAUACACAGUACUGUUUCGUCGUCGAGCAAUUCUAGCAUCACGUCUCAUGAGAGCGAAAUGCCCUUGGCCUCGUCCAUGGCUUCUUGA